AGCCGCGCCCGGAAACGAAAAACUUGUCGAGCUUAAGUCGUGCUUUAAAAGAAUAAACAACACUUUAUUAAGUGUCAUAGCGAAUAGAUAAUUUUAUUUAGCAUUGAAUCGCUCUUAACUAAAACUGGCUGCAAAAAAAAAUAAAAGGUAGUGCAGUAGCUCUUUCGUUUUUUUAUAUGAUGGUCUAAUCAUACAAUCGUCUGACGAUAAUUUCUUCAUUUCAUGCAUGGUAGGUUUUUGUAUUAGCUCACGUGUUAAAUUCCUGUCCAGUAAAGAUAAUAUUAUUCUGCAUACUAAAAAGUCAGUUUUUUCUUACAACUACGACAGGAAUAAUGUAUAAAUUGUUUGAGUCAAGUUAUGAAAUUUCUUUGCAACCUUGUCAGUUAAAUGCAUUCUUUGCAUACCAUAGCAGACGACGUUUAUUAUUGUUCUUUAAUCGACUGCUGUGGGACUUGUCUUUGCGACUAUCCUACCUCACGUGAGUAAUCUCCCUGUGCAUUGUUUAUUUGUCAUACGAUACGCAAUAAAAGUAUAUAACGAGAAAGGUCUUGUAAAGAAACUUUAAAAUGUAUCUGUGUAGCGCAAAUUGUUGGCGAAUUGCGAUAUUGUGCGUAAUUUGUACGCCCUUUUUCGUGGUUUUAGCAAAUGAUUGAUUACAAUGAAAGCAUAGCAAAAACCAACCAGCUUCUUACUGAAUUCUAAACGUUACUCUGUUUACGCCCAGCCUGUGGCGCCAAAUUUGUGGCUGUGAAUUUCUGUUUUGGAGAAAGCGAAACAAGGGAUAUCUAAAUUUUUCGAAAAAAAAAGUUGUUUUUGAAUUUUUCGUCUUUGGAAAGCCUAAUAUUUGCGUAAGGGUCUUGCAUUUCACCCGAUGUUUAAACGAAGGAUAUUUUGUUUAAGUUAUUACUGAGCACCAAUGACAAGUAAGUUUAUGUGUAUAACGAUUAAAUGUUAAGUUGUUCUCGUACAGAACAUCUGCUAUAAAAGAGAAAUAUGACUACCAUUAGGCCUUCGUCUUAGUAAUAAGAAAAUACUUAUUCAAGCAUAUUCCCGGCAUACUUUCUAGUUCAGCCAGACAUUUUAAUGGCAGCCCAAGUCCAAUUGUCUUCAAUAUGGUAAUGCGCGUCAGAUGGCCACAAACAAUUCUUCCUGUAUACUUUUUCUCUUAAUUUAAUGAGGAUAAAUAGAACUCGCAUUCCCACGGUUCACAUUACGUCAGAAAAUUGGUAUCUCUUUCACUUGAUAUCGACUACCAUCACCACAAAUUCUCUGAACAAUCAGUACAAUUGCGAAAGCUAAAUAUUCAGUAUCGGUAAAAAAAAUAAAAAUAAAAUAACAAUACAGGUGUAGGGAGUAAAAAGUUUCAUGCUAUGCUGUCAAACCGCAGACAAAAGAGCCUAUAUAUGGGAGAGGAGAAAUGCGAUUGACGAAUCAGUCUCUUCCGGCGUCUAUUCGACGUGUGCAACUCUUGCGUUAUCUCCCGUGUGUUUUAACAUUGAAAGUUUUCCUUCCUCAUCUUCAAUUACAUCAGUUAUCACAUAGAAAUUAACCGGUCGCUGAAAAAUGGCAGUUAUUCAGCUACUUCAAUUACUGCUCACCCUGCACCUUUUGAUGACGAUUGUGUCAGCGGGGACGAAUGUCAAUAGACAAUUGGAUAUUCCCGCCUUUCAAUCAUUCUUUUCUCAAGCUUCAUCGCAACGCUCAAAAGAUGACGCAAAAACAAAAGUCAUUAUCGGACCUGAUCUUUUAAGUGAAAUUGAAUUAAAACCGUCACCGCCUGUUAACUCUGACGUUAAAGUUAAUGACACAUUUGUAAAGAACGAAAACCUCAUUUCGACACGUGAUUCUAAAUCUGGAGCAGAAAGGAAUCAUGUAAAUGUUCCAAGAAAUACAGAAUUGAAGAAUGUGUCUGGGUAUCAGCAAGCAUCGUCUGGUUUAAUAAACGGAGGAUUCUCCCUCUCUUUACCUAUCCCAUCGACAGUGAUAGAGAAGAACGGACAGGAUUUUGAAUUUAAACCCAUGCUCAAUAGCAGCUCUCACGGAUCCAUUCUGCUUAACAGUGCAAGAGCUAGUGGAACCCUGAACCAAUACACCGCUCUUAGCGGAAAAUCAGAACUUAUACCACUUCGACCAGACCAACCUAUCUCUGUUCAGUCUUCAAAUUUUCGUGCAUUUUCGUCUUCAAAUCAUCCGACCGCCUCUUCCGCAAUCUUUUCGAGAAAAGCGGCGUCAACCCGCGCAUUAUCAAACCACAGAUACGUUAACACACACAUAGUGCCUGCCAAAACAGUUAGUUAUAACGACUGGAUUCCAAUAAGUCAACCGAUACCAUUACCAGUUACUUCAUUGAACUCUCAAACGGUGACUAACAAACCACCUAGUUCAAAUGGGCUAUUUCAGUCUACAACUAGCAAUCCGAGCAUUACGACGCUAAAAAGAGAAGAAGAAUACAAAAUUGAAAAAACGGAGAACAAAACGAAGGAAAACGUACAAUUUGGAAGUUCACCAGUGGCGGCCUCGAAUGGAGACGUUGGCGAGGUGGAUAACGACAGCAAUCCUAGUUUCUUAAGAGGACUCAGUUUCAAAAAGCCUAGUACCCCUUUGUAUGGACAAGUGCUCUACCCACCUCCGAAAUACGCCCCAGCAAAACGGCCAUUAACCAAGUAUGUCUCCAAAAUAGUUUCAGUACCGCCCAAAAGUGUUAACGAAAUCAUUGCUGGAGGAGUAGGUGUACAGCCGCCAAUUCAACCCGUGUAUCAAUAUAACCCCCCGCCAGGCCAAGGGAAAUUUAAACCUCUUGUUAAUGUACAUCCUACAACUAUAAAUAGCGGUCACGCGUUGUCGGAAAAUAGCCUAAACGGAAAUGGUGGUGUUAAAGAAGUUACCAAUGUAGGUUAUCCGAAUCCAUUUCAGCCGAUAAAAACCAAUAGUAGCCCAGAACUUCCUGUCUUAAGACAGCUCAGCGGUGGAGUCAACGGCAAUCCUCCGCACUCGUCUGUUCAGACUGACUUUGAAGAUGAUGUUGGUACGAUCAGCUCGUUCAGCUACUUUCGCAACCUGAAUUCUGAUAUAUCUGGGCCCAAGGGUUUCGACAAUGCUUUCAGCAUUCAUGCUGGACGGAACAUAGCGAAGGAAUUCAAUAAAAAUAUGUUCGAUCAUACUGGCUUUCCUGGUAAUGGCCAAAGUGCAAAAAAGAACAAGGACCAUGGGAUAGGCGGAGGAAAGUACUAGCUUUUCUGAAAAAGAAAAAAAAAAAGAAAAAAAAAACUUUGAAAAGGUGAAAAGUAAACGGUGAAGUGGUGAGCUUUUCUACGGUAAGAAUGAGAAAAAGUUAGACAUGAACCCGAUUGUCAUCUUUUCAGUUAGACAUUUAUGGCGUUAACUGCUUAGUUACGAGAUCCUGUAUACGUUAAUGAUUAAAUGGAAAAUAUGGCUGAGCCAUAACAAUGAAUUCGUAAUUUGUCUUUGCAUCACGUUGCUGAUCAAAUAUAUAGCUUUUGUGCGAGA